AUUCACAGAUACUGAGAUAGGUACAGAAGAAUUUUAAGCGUUAGAUACAUUAUGUAUGCUUCAACAAGAUUAUUGGAAUCCAAAAUGCAGUCCAGUAAAGUUACUUCCUCCCAUAUUCACUGGCCCGACAUUGGAUUUACAACGAAUGCUAAUCAGACAGAAGCCACGUUCUAUAAUGCUUUACAUUCUGAAUAUAAAAGGCUUAAUCCUAAAAGGCGAAGGAAGGCAAGGGAGAGAGCUCGCUUAGAGAAACUGAAGCACUACACAGGUUAUUCCUCUAGUUUCGUCAGUGCAGGACGGACUUCCGAUGGUGUAUAUAGGUUCUAUGAGCAUCAGACUGAGAUGCCUGUGGAUGAAGUAGAAAGCAACAGCUCAGUUAUCACUAGUAACCAAGAAGUGGAAAAUAAUCCUAAUCCGGGUGGAAAUCAACUGGCAGUCUCAGACUGGCCAACAGUAUCAGAUGAGGUUCAAGAAAAUGCAGGGGUUAGCGGCACUGUCGAAGAAAAAAAGGACCCCAUACCUGAGGAUGACAGACACAUGGCAGCUGUGAUUGUGCGUCUACUUGUGGACAAUAACUAUAGGCUGGAUGUAGAGGACUUGCAGGAAAGAGUCAACAUGGAACCAGUUCCCCAUGGUUUCAAUGACCCUGAAGCCUUGAUUGAGUUCCUUCAACGUUUUGACGAUGUAUUUUAUUUAAGCAAAUCGGAGACCUCGGUGGUGUCGGUAGAAGUCGGGCUGCUGGUGAAUCUAGAAAUCUGUUUUCCUCACACAGGGGGAAACUGUAAAGGAGACUGCAAUGAACUCCACCUCUGCAAGUUUUAUGUUUUAAAUACCUGCGAAAUUUGGAAUUGUAAAUUCGGCCACGAUUACGACACCCCUCACAAUCAGAAAGUACUGGAGUCCCACUUCAUGCAGUAUUUGUAUCCAGAACAGGUGAACUCCUUGCUUAGAGCCUUGAUCAACAGGAAAGGAGUGACUGUACCAUUAAUAUGCCGAUAUUACAAUAGUAGUCUAGGAUGUCGUAGCACCGAGACCUGCCCUUACCUGCACGUUUGCGUCUACAUUGCCGAGACAUGCAAAUUCUAUCCGUUUUGUAAAUAUUCCCACAACUUGUUAGAUCCGCAGCCUAGACGCUUGUUAUGGAAAUACGGCAUCAAUAUGAAUUACGUCAAGAAAGAAGAUGUCUUUAAAGUCCUUCUGAAAUCACCUGUUACAGAAAUUUCUCCUCCAUUUGCAGAGAACAAGAAAACGAAUAAAGAAGUUACGAAAGCCGUUGUCAAAAAGGCCAUUGAAGAAACUGCAGCAUCAGUGGAAUCAGUGGAUAAGUCUUUGGAAAAUGCUUUGCCAUACCAGUGGAAAGCCACAGGGGGUGAGGGUGAAAAUGCCUCUGGAAACUGGAACGAGUUUACAACAGAGGAGAGUAGAAUCAUUCAUUUAAAGUUGAUGAAGUAUAAGAAAGCCUAUGAGAGAUAUUUGAAAUUCAAAAACUAUUCCACCACUUUUGGAGAGAAAAAGUUGUCGAUAGAUUUCUCAAAGAUGGAAGGUGUUCUAGAGAGUGGUACCACUAGCCAGACUGUUAUGCUGAAAAAGAUGUCUAAAGAAGAGAAGGAACUAAACACUCAGAGUUGUAGCACUUGACAAAUGAUCUCAGAUUUUUUUUUCAGAUUUUAAUUUCAAUAUAUGUAUUUUAUGUAGUGCUCAUGCAGAGAUGAGAAAAUAAAGAAAUUAUUGAAUAAUAAUAAAACAAGAAACAUAUACUGUGUCUUGAUAGAUUAACCUACAUUUUUAAGUUCAUAAACAAUUAAUAUUUUUAUUACA